AUGAGGCUGCUGCUGCAAAGAGGAGAGUUCAUCCGUACGGGCAGGGGACACCCCUACGGGGGCAGCUUGGACUCCUCUUUAACCGCCCAUGUCUGUCAACAGUGUAACCAGAAAACACAUGAGUGUAAGUGUCUAGUUCCUGAUGAGCUGCAGUUGAAGAGACAAACUACUCUUGUCUUGCUGAUUCCUCCUGACAUGACUCCAGAGAUAAAAGCCUGGGUCUACGAAGAGAUGCUUCCAGUGCUGGAGGGGGAGCAAGGAUGGAAACUCUGUCUGCACCACAGAGACUUCGAACCAGGUAAGCCCAUCGUAGAAAACAUUACAGACGCCAUCUACGGCAGCAGGAAGACCAUCUGUGUGAUCAGCCGACACUACCUGCAGAGCGAGUGGUGCUCCAGAGAGAUCCAGAUGGCCAGCUACCGUCUGUUUGACGAGCAGGACGAUGUGCUGAUCCUGCUGUUUAUGGAGGACAUCCCUGCCUGCGAGCUGUCUCUGUACUACCGAAUGAGGAGUCUGGUGAAGAGACGCACCUACCUGAGCUGGCCGCAAGCCGGUCAACACACGGGAGUCUUCUGGCAGAACGUACGGCGAGCUCUGAUGACACCUGGAAGUCCCACGGACAACCCAACCAUGAGUUUCUUUCAGAUCCAGGAAUGAAAAACAAACCGUUUUUUGUUUAAACUGUAAUAAAUAAUACAUUUCAAAAGGGAUUUAAAUGGGCUCUUAUACCUGUAAAAAGGUAAUUUGAUAUAUGGGAUGGAUACACAAACCGAAGACCCGAUGGGCCAGGCCGGGUUUGGACAGAUAUUUAGAAAUGAGGUUUGGGUUGGGCUCAGUCACAUCAACGCAAUAAGGCAUUGAACGUUUCAAAUUUUAAAAAGCUUUUUAUGUGCGCUUGUUGCCCCGUGUGCUCUGAUGCAAACGUACAUGUGUCAUUAGUAUGAGAAAAAAACGAGAUUUUAACUGGGUCGGCCUCGGACAUAAAUAUCUUAAUGUCUGUCAGGCUUGGGCCUUGUUAAGUUAAUCGGAAAAUAGGGGUACCAGUUUGUCAUAAGUUUUAAAAGAUCUGUUGUGAGUAGAUUGCAAUGACAUUGUAUUUUUAUUCAAGGAACUUCAUCGGGCAACUUUUACUGUUUGAAUAGUGACUAGUGGCCAAUUAGAAUAGACAGUAAAGUAUUUCAUAUGAACCACUUUCUGUGACACAUGUUUUAUUAAUGUACUGAACUGUAACAGAGGUCUGUGGUGUCCUGGUCACAUGUUGAGUGUUUUUCUGAAUGACAUUUAGUCUAAUUUCAUUCACAAAGCACAUGGAUACUACAGCUGUCUGUCAGGGCCACCUGAGGGCUGUUUGUGUCAAUGGGUGUUAGAGAGAGAGAGAAAGACAGAGAGAGACAGAGAGAAAGAUAGAGACACAGAGAGACGGAG